UUUAGCUCUUUUUCUGAAGCUCACCCGUCGAAGCCUCUGCAGGAAGGCAGUGCUUUCUCUCUUGCCAAUGCUUGUGAUGGGAGUGCGAGCGAGAGGCGGUGCUUGUCUUGAGGGACCAACAAAGGGGGCUGGGCCUCUUUUCCGGUGAUCAUCAUCCUCUCGGCGUGGUCAGCCAUCCAGAUUAAAUUUAAAUUUUACUUUUGGAUUUCUCGAUCACCAAGCUGCUGCCAGGAUUCAGCCCUGGCUACAAAUAUUUACAUUAAAACCCAUCCAUCCAUCUCUCUCCUCCUCUUGACCAUCCUCCCCUCCCCCUCCACCCCUCCAUCAACCGAAUAUAAACAAAUAAACAGUCAGUGAACUGGUCAUGUUGUCUUCGUCCAGCCUGGUGUCAUGGCUGUACGCUGCCUCUUUCCUCACCAACCAGCUUGCUGCUGGCCCGGUGGACUCCCCGUCUCCCCUAGCCUUCCAAGUCCAGCCUACCAAUCAACUCCCGCCAUCCUUGCAGGAGAACAACAAUCUCUGGUCUGACGAGUCUUUCACCUAUUCCGAGUCCCAUCAAGCAAACGAGCAACCUAAGGCUCCCAUGUCUUUGCCAGCAGACCUUCGAUCCAGCCGAAUGCCUUGUACAGCACUCUCUUAACCCUUCCCCCACUUCCUUCUUCGGUCUCCUACAAGGCCUCGUCAACUCACUCUCCCUCUUGGGUGCUCCUGCUCGUCGUGACAACCAUCACCACCAUCUCGGGAAACCGGUCGAUUGCACCAAGUACACCAUGGGAGAGGUCUUCGAGUGGAUUCUUAAACGUACUUCUAAGCCCGACGGGUCAUCUUUCAACAGCCCUCCAUCCUCCGAUGAGUGUGCCAGUGACUCUGUGCCUCCUCCCCUCCACCGACUCGCAUGGCUCGUCAACAUUUCCCACCCAGUCCAAGAGGCGCUCUACAAUCCUGACGCGGAUUUCACCCUCUUCGCCCCGGAUGAUGAUGCACUCACCCCUCCUUCGAAGAAGAGACAUCACUUGAAACAAGCUCAAGCGAUCAACAACCCCUUCGAUGCCCCAUCGGUGGAUGAAGCUUCCCAUGGAGAGUCUACUCAUCUCUUCUGGGACGCCCUCGAGGCAAUCGAAUCUAUGCGUGAUUGCCCACAUAUGGACCUGUGGUCUGAGGGUGAAGAUGACGAGAAGGAGAGGAAGAAAAAAUUCUUCCUCCAUGCUGUUGAGAUGGUGCUCAAGUACCAUCUUUCACCUGGCAGUAAGAAGAUUCACGAGAUUCUUGACAGCAGCACCCUUCCAACCGUACUGCCAAUCUUGCCUGAUUCGAACGCGACGCGAUUCCGAGUGAGAGUCGGUCCGGCUAUGCCCCACCUUAGCAAGCCUGGAGAAGUUGUCCUCAACUUUUUUACCAAGUUGAAUGUGAUCAAACAUCGACCGAUUUUGACAAAGAACGGCGUGAUUUACCUUGUCGAAAAGGUCCCUCUCCUCCCGCCACUCUCACCGCUUUCGGAGCUGUUCUUGUUUCCCAGACCGUUCUCUACCUUGACGAGUGCCCUCCAAAAAACUCACCUCGAUCACAGCUUAUUGCCCCGAUGGGAGAAUAAGACAAUCCCCUUGUCCAUCGAUUCUUCCGCUCAAUCAUUGGUCCCCAAUUCCGCUUUGGACGAGAGUCUUGAUGUCGUUGACGAAAGGGUCCAGAGCGUCUUGUCCAGCUUGACUGGUGGUCACGGUGGGAAGUUAAUUAAGCCAAGUUCACCGUCUUUGCGCCUACCAACCAUGCCUUCCGUACGCUUGGACCGGCAGCAAAUGCAUUCUUAUUUUCUCCCUUCGGCCAGCACAUCCUUCGCUAUGUCUUGUCCUACCACAUCGUACCCGAUGUCAUCUGGAACACUGAUCAUUGCGAGCGCACUAAGGCCGGGGUUCCUCCAAUGCCCUGUGACUUGGAUGCGCAAACCUAUGAAGCCGACCAGUUCCCUGGACGAAUCGAUCAUCACCCAUUCCCACCCCUUCCUGGCAAAGUCAAUGUUACCGAGUUGCACUUGGCAACUUUAUUAGGCUCACGUAAGAAUGAGACCUUGCCGGUGACUUUGGUGAAAUUUAGACACCUUGGAAAGGGCCCGAUCAUCCGACGCGUCUACAUUAAGUCCCACCAAGAAGGUUUCACCUUUGGACCGCCAGACAAACAUGCCAUUCCAGUCGUUAUUCCUGACGGUGUCGCCUGGGGCGGCGCGCUUCACAUGAUCCCUAAACUUAUCCAUCCUCCCGUUCCGGAAGGCCAUCACCAUAAGAGAAAGGAUGUCCAACGUGCCAUCGAGCUUUCCAUCCUUUCUCCUGCGUGAGAAAAACAAAAACACGUUUCUCUCUUUUUUCCGCUGAAUUCCUUCAUGUUGUAUUCAUCAAAAGAUCUUGUCAUACUGAGAUCCCUGUCCCUCCCCCCCCUCUUCACACCUUUUUUGUAUGGGUGUAUGUUUCGUUAACCAAAAUCACUCUUAUCUCGAGUAUAUAUAUAUAAACUCCAAUGAAGAAAAUGUCAAUUACAUGUAUGUACUAUGUCGAAAUCUUAGCAGUGAAUGUAGAUUGGUCACGCGCUUUAUAUGUUAAGAUAAGAUCAAUUGAAUCUCGCAGUUAUGGUGAUUGUCUUGCAAGUUUAUUUGCAAAGAGUCAAGCUACUUGAUCUUACUUGCAAA